CUGCACUAUAUCAUCAACCGCCUUUUGUUUUAAUUGAGGAUUUAUCCCUGCAUGAAAGAGUAUGAUGGAGUUUUGGUGGGGCUUCAACCUUGUAACCGACACGGCGAGCCUAGAGAGGCCUAGCGUGAUACUACCUAUUGUGAGAUUUUGAUGCUCGCAAUGCCAUGAAUACACUAUAAAAGGGCCUGCUUCCUCUAAAAUCUGACGUAAAUCUCCCCAAGAUUCCACUCAAGUUCCUGUUGUGUCCGCGUGGCCACCGUCUCAUUAUGGUCAAGCCAUUCGACCCAUUCACCUCCAAGCGGCUGCUCUACCGAGCCGUGGAGGACAACACUGAUGACGAGGAAUUCAUCUACAACAUCCAGCGAGAUGCCGAGGCCCAGUCCGGCUCCAGCUUUGGUCUUCUCGUACCCGAAAGCAAGAAGUCAAGCAACAAAUGGAGGGAGUCUCUACAGGAACGUGUACUCAUGAGCGCCAUCAUAUGCCUCCCUGCCGAAAGUCCGGAGUCGAAGCCCACACCGAUCGGUGUCGUCGCGCUUAAAGCCCACAAUAAAGGCGCAGAACACCAUAGAGUGAGCUACAUCAGUAUUGACAUUCUGCGGCCACAUCGUGGCAAUGGGUACGGCGCGGAAGCCAUCGAGUGGUCGUUGGGUUAUGGAUUCCAAAUGGCGGGUCUGCAUCGUAUUGGCAUCGAGACGUUCACAUUCAACACGGGUGCUAUGCGACUUUACUCAAAGUUGGGGUUUGUAUUGGAAGGCCGCAAGCGCGAAGAGAUCUGGUUUAAUGGAGAAUGGCAUGACUACGUGACCUACGGCGUGCUGGAAGGCGAAUGGAGAAACAAGAUGAAGAAGGAAGGCCGAAAUUGGAGAGAAUAGAUGUUGGUCAGAGGGACCAUAUUUGGUUAACGCUAAUUGGUUCCGGAAAAAAGCAGAUCACGGAUCGCCAAGCCAAGCCCGGUGAUAAAACUGGGACACUUCUGCUGAUAAAUCCACAAUCCUUAACGCCGACGUAUAUAAUAACUUCUAUAACCGGACGUCGAGAGAUAGAAACAAAAAAAUUCAUCCCAGCUCAUCCAAAAAAAAUAUUUCAAAAAACAAUGAAGUUCGAUAUCAAG